AUGAGGAAUUUUUUCACGUUAUUUUUUGCAGCUAUAUUUUCGCUGGGGGCACUCAUAUUGGCGAUUAUCGCAUGCGCAGGAUCAACGAAAAACUAUAGUCCUAUAAAUAAAAUUUACUGUGCAGAAUUGGAUCUAUCGCAGAUGAAGGUAUCGACAAUAUUCCCUUCCUUAAGUUCAGUUACGCUGUCCUCGUUGGGUCUGCCCGCAUAUAUAAACAUAGGACUUUGGUCGUACUGUACGGUUGACUCUUCACAUAACAUACAAUCGUGUUCUUCGCCCAACGGUAUCCAAAAAUUCAAUCUAACGUCAUUAGUGUAUGACAAUAUCAACGAUAAUGAGGCUCUGAAGCUUAUAGAUUCUGUAGCAGAUGUUGUUUUGCCAGAAAAACUCAGGAGUAAAAUGACGUACUACAACAAUUUGGUCAAGUGUAUGUUCAUCACCAUCCUCAUCGGUAUUGUCUUGACUUUUGUAAACCUGGUUUUCAACAUAUUGCGCUGGAUCAUCCAUAUAAGGCCGCUAGCGUGGGGUGGUGCCUUCUUUUCAUUCUUUGCUUUUGCUGCCCUUUUAGUCAGUAUAGGUUCAUGUUUGGGUACUUAUUCAUACAUCAAAUACAUCCUAAAGCAUAAUUAUAGUGACUAUGGUAUUUCAAUGAGCAUUGGUAGGAACUACCAGGGUUUGAUGUGGGGGGCCGUCGUUGGAGCCCUACUGAAUUUCAUUCUAUGGUGUAGUGUGAGAUCAAGGCCGACCGUCAUAUAUGCGAAUGCUCCAAUUGAGGAAAAACCACUGAUUUAA